GUUCUGGAUUUGGCUAUCGACUAUAUACAAUAUGGCGUCAAUUGGGGACAUUCCUACUACAAUUGUAACUGAGUUUCUUAAUUCUGAUACCAGGGAAACGAGUCUUGUCGACACAGAGGAUCCCAAAAAAGUUAAGUUCACUGUAACACCAGUUCAAAAUGAUCUCAGUCCGACAUCACCAAACCAGAACCAGAAUGAUCUCCAGAUCCCACAAAUACGGAUUCCUAUCUACAACUCGAACCGGAACGAGUAUCAAAGGUCACCAAGGUUAUCCAGGGCUCCACGCUCCCCACGAAUUCCUCGGUCCCCAAAACUGCCCAAACUUAGCCCAGUCCAUGCAAGUAACAAAAACGGACCUCAGACUCCUUUUACCCAGUUCGACUUUGCCGACAGCGAAACAGAACCGACGGACACCUUGACUCAAAACAGUAUUACAGCACUCCUGUCUUCCAAGUUUAAAGAGUUUCACAAGCGUAUGAAACAGUAUGGAGAGAAUUCUCCUCGCUUCAGAAAAAGACUGGUGUCAAAAUGGGAGAGUCUUAACUAUGACCCAAUUGAGAGUGACCUUGCCCUUGAAGAAGAUGAGAGGAACAAGUCCAAGAAAGCCCUGACAAUCAAGGCUGUGUCUCGCUGGGUCAUCAUGUUCUUUGUCGGGAUCGGAACGGCGCUGUUAGCAGCAGGAGUUCAAAUCAUCGUGGAAAUCAUAGCUCACCAUAAAUUUGAGCUAAUCAAAACUUAUCUAGACCGCUGCUCCAAGGAGAACUGUCUCAUCAUUCCAGUGUUAAUAUGGUGUGGAAUAAACUUGGGUAUCACAAUUCUUGGUGCUGCUCUUGUAACAUAUGUCCAGCCCAAAGCAGCUGGCAGUGGCAUUCCAUUAAUCAAGUCCUACCUCAACGGAGUUCGUAUUCCAGGACUGCUAACAAUGGGGGGUUUCAUCUCCAAAGUUUUAGGGGUCAUUUUGUCCAUCCUAGGGGGUCUGGCGUGUGGAAAGGAAGGUCCUAUGGCUCACUCAGGUGGCAUCAUGGCUGCUGGUCUGGGGAAGGGGAGGAUACACUGGUGUGGGAAGAAGAAGAAGGAAAUCAGGAUUUAUGACCAAUUCCGGUCGGACCACGAAAUCCGUGACUUUGUGGCUGCUGGAGCUGCCUCAGGUGUGUCGGCUGCUUUCGGUGCCCCGGUUGGAGGAACGUUGUUCAGUGUGGAGGAGGCAGCAAGCUUCUGGAACACGGAACUUGUGUGGAGAGUGUUCUUCUCCGCUAUGAUUGCAUGUUUCGCCACCAACUUUCUCCUAAGUGCCUUCGAGGGUCAUCCCACGCAUCUGUCCUCGCCAGGUCUUGUCCGUUUUAACACAUUCCCGAAUUUAACAUUUGACUUGAUAGAGAUCCCAGUGUUCCUUGUGAUGGCUGUGUUUGGGGGUCUAACUGGCGCCUUGUUUGUCGUGCUCAACUAUAAACUUACAGUCUUCAGGCAAAAAUACUUGCAUCGUAAGAAGUGGGUGAAGGUGUUGGAGGCUGGUGUUGUAGCUAUUGUCAGCGCCAUCAUUGGCUUUGUCCUCAUGUACUUCAUCAAGGACUGCACCGAGGAACACCCAUACAGUCACCACGCCAUCACAUCAAACAUGUUCUGUGACAAAGGUCACAAUGCCAUGUCCACUCUCUUCCUUACAACGCCAGAGGGAUGCCUUAAGGCCUUGCUGCAUGACCCCAUAGAGUCAUACGGAGUUGUGUCCCUUGUUGUGUUCAUCAUUGUGUUUUUCCUGCUCGGAGUGUGGACCUAUGGCUUGAGUGUAUCCAGUGGUGUGUUUAUUCCGUCUCUGGCAAUCGGUGCUGCUUGGGGCCGAUUGGUUGGCCUGGGUGUUAUACAGAUGUUUCCAGAUCAAACUAUACUAGCCAAUGCCACAGAUAUGGCAAUAAAGAAGGGUAUGCACAAAAAUGAGGCCAAAGAUGUUGGCAAAUACGCUUUAAUAGGAGCAGCAGCCCAGUUAGGUGGCAUCCUCCGUACAACGAUCAGCCUGACAGUUAUCAUCGUGGAGUGUACUGGAGACAUAUCAUUCGGUCUCUGUAUCAUGCUCGCCUUGAUGAUCUCCAAGUGGGUGGGAGAUUUCUUCACAACUGUGAGGUCUGUAUCUGACAUGAACGUGGAAGUGAGUGGCAUCCCCCUCCUUGUGUCCGAGCCCCCUCCUCUCUGUGAUCAUGUCAAGGCCAGUGAGGUGAUGAGCCAUCCAGUGCUAUCAUUCCAGCCAUUAGAGACUGUAGGCAAUAUUAUAGACGUCCUGGCCACAGAGACUUUCUGUGGCUUCCCUAUCAUCGAACCGGACCCCAAGAAUCUACGUCAUGGAAAAUUAAAAGGACUUAUUCUACAAAACCAGUUGUUAACAUUGUUGAAAAAGAAGAUCUUUGCCCCCGAAGGGAUGUUGCCACCAUCGAAUGUCACAAUGGCCGACUUUGACGAUCCUUACCCUGUUGAGCUCACAAAAAUAGAGGAGAUUGAGGCCAAUAUUUCUGAAGAAGAGAGGGAUUACCUUGUAGAUCUCCGGCCUUACAUGAAUACAACUCCUUACACUGUUGGGCCGAAUUUCUCACUGCCCAGAGUGUUUAAAAUAUUUCGAGGUCUUGGUCUGAGGCAUCUACUCGUCGUCAGUGAUGACAAUGAACCCCUCGGAAUGGUCACAAGAAAAGAUCUAGCUAAAUACCGAGCAGAGUCCAAGCACGGAAUGUUAAAGAUUGAAAAUCUGAAAAUAGAAGACAACUAGAUUCAUUCUAUGACCUUGGAAUCUUCUUCCAAAUGAAGUUUACAAGUGAAACCAGAGUUAUCUCCCUUCCUUUCUGAGUUGUCUCCCUUCUCACAUGUCUCCUUGAAUAAAUAUGCACAGAUAAAGAUUACUCUCUGAUCGGCAGACAAACUCUU